CACUCUCAUUCGCAUGAGCACUCACAUGACCUUCAAAUUAGAUCUCACGGACCUUCAGGGAAACUGUCAUCUCACAAGCGCUACAGGCCAACAGACUUCGACAUGGACAAAGUGAGGAGCACGUUAAAGCAGUUCGUUAGAGAUUGGAGCCAAGAGGGCAGGGAAGAGCGCGAAGCUAGCUACACUCCACUUAAAGAUGCCUUGGUGGAACAUUUCUCCGACAUCCCUGUGGAAGAAAGGCGCAACCUCCAUGUACUUGUGCCCGGGGCAGGUCUGGGAAGACUCGCAUUCGACGUAGCAAAAUUAGGCUUUGCAUGUCAAGGAAAUGAGUUCUCGCACUAUAUGCUGCUCUCCUCUUAUUUUAUCCUCAAUUGUACGGACACCAUCAACCAAUACACCCUGUACCCUUAUGUUCACUCUUUCUCCAACCUCCCUGAUCGGGCCGCGAUAUUGCGUGAAGUUAAAAUUCCAGAUGUUCUUCCGGGCGGCUUGGCUCCAGGGUCAAACUUCUCUCUUGUUGCUGGCGAUUUUGAAGAGAUAUACGGAUCGGAUUCCGAUGACGAAAAUGGGCCAUACUCGGGCCCAUGGGAUGCCAUCCUCACCUGCUUCUUCAUUGACACGGCGAAAAAUAUCGUGAACUAUCUCCGCAUCAUACACAAGAUUCUCGCCCCUGGCGGCGUGUGGAUCAAUCUGGGUCCCCUCUUGUGGCAUUUUGAGAAUAACAGUAGCAAUGAUCCUUCGAUAGAGCUUGACCUCGAAGAAGUCAAAGAGCUCGCUCGUACCAUUGGCUUCGAGAUCAAGAACGAACGCACGAUAUCUACGACCUAUGUCAAUAAUCAAGACUCCUUGCUAGGUUAUGUUUACCACGCCGCGUUCUGGAUUGCAACCAAAAAAAUGUAA